UUGUUAUAUUGCAAGGUAGUUUGCUUGUUUAUCUCGUAUUAUUUGUAAAUGAAAUAAAAAAGAAAGUUUGCCGAAACCCGGGAUUGAACCGGGGACAUUUAGAUCUUCAGUCUAACGCUCUCCCAACUGAGCUAUUUCGGCGUAUAGAAGACUUUAACCAGCUGAUCAACUACAGCGCAUGCGCAAUAGAGCAAAAAGAGCACACUUUUUAUCAUCGCUCGAAAACUGCAAUAGAAUAAAAGGAAUAAUUCAAAGGUUGAAGCAUAUACAUGAACAUAAGUUUGUAACUAUACGUGCCAGAAUGCAGCAGGCAAUGCUACAAUGUAAUGGAAUCCAAACACACGUCAUUACUGAAGGCCGUUGGGUUGAAGAAGGUCUUGCUCCUACUGGUUGCAAGGAUCUUGUUAUCGUAAUCCCAGGUAAUCCUGGGGUACCAAGCUUUUAUAUGGCAUUUAUCAAAGCAUUAAAGUCAAGACUACCGCCUGAAACUCCAGUUUGGGUGGUGGGCCAUGCUGGACAUGUUCAACCUUCAGAUAAUUUAAGUUUUCUUCCAAACACUAGCUCCAACAAAGAGUUAUAUAAUUUAGAUGGUCAAGUAAACCACAAGGUGGCAUUUAUUAAACAAUAUGUUCCUAAAGAUGCAAGAAUUCAUCUCAUAGGGCAUUCCAUAGGAAGCUGGAUGAUUCUGCAAUUAUUAAAGGAUCCAGAAUUUGCUAGUCGAGUUGUUAAAUGUUAUUUACUCUUUCCUACUGUAGAAAGAAUGGCUGAAACUCCUAAUGGGAAAUUCCUGACAAAUGUUGUAUUAAGGAUUGCUAAAGUUUUAGUAUUCUUAGCAUGGAUAUUUUCAUUUUUUCCAUCAUUACUCCAAGUCUUUUUAAUUCAAAUUUUUGGUAUAUUUCUUGGAAUAACGAGAGAAAGCGUUAAACCUGUACAACAGCUUCUACAUCCAUCAGUAUUAGAAAGAGUGUUUCGAUUAGCAAAUGACGAAAUGAAACGAGUAAAAGAAAUAGAUCAUGAAGCAGUUGUGAAACAUAAUGAUAAAUUAUGGUUCUAUUAUGGAGCAACUGAUCGGUGGACUCCACAUAAUUAUUACCGUGAAUUGAAAGAAAAGUAUCCGAAUAUAAAUGCUCAGCUUUGUCAACUUGGUUUUCGCCAUGCUUUCGUACUUACUCAUUCCAAAGAAGUUGGUCACAUGGUUGGUGACUUGAUUCAGGAAAAUAUAGCAAAUAGUUCAUAAUUAUCCGUUACUGGUCGAGAUUAAUACGGUAGAAGUUAUUUUUAUUACAUUUAUAAACACUCUUUGGGGGAAAUGGGACUCAAUGUUAAAAAUGUUUUUUGUUUCUUUUUUAAAUAUGUAUAUAAAUAAGCAAUUUAAUAAAUGUUAUUUUAUUUUAUAUGAAAUGAAAAAA